AUGAUAAAUAGUCAAACAUCUUCAAAUGAUGGACCACAUUCAUCAUCUGAAAACAAUAAUGAUUCAUUAAAUGAUAAUUUUGAUAAUCCAAAAGACGAAUCUUUAUCAAAUGAUGAUAAUCAUAAAGAAACAUUGAAUUCAAUCCAAGAUGGAAAAGUUCCCAAACCAGAUGAUGAACGAAAAUUAUUUGUUGGGCAAUUAUCAUCCGAUAUAACAAGAGAAGAUUUAGAAAAAUAUUUCUCCAAAUUUGGUUCAAUUGAGGAUGUCACAAUAAAAUAUGAUGUCCCCGGUGGAAGAGCACGUGGUUUUGCUUUUAUUCUAUUCGACGAUAAAGAAUCGAUACAAAAAGUUCUUCAUGUUCAAUCUCACACGAUUAAUCAAUGUCAAAUUGAUCCAAAACCAGCACAUCGACGUCCACCUGUGACAAAUCCGGUGAAGAAAAUAUUUCUUGGUCAACUUCCAAUUGAUUUUGUUGAACAAGAUUUAUCUGAUUAUUUUUCACAGUUUGGAAUUAUCGACACAAUUGAAUUGCCUAUGGAUCGAGAGAAAAGUGUUCGUCGUCCAUUUGGCUUUGUUUCAUUUUCGUCUGAGAAGAGCGCCGAAGAAGUUUUACGUCAGCAACGUCAUUCAGUCAAUGGCGCGUCCAUUGAAGUUCGGCCAGCGAAACCACGUCCUCACGAUCAACAUCAAUUACAAAUGCAACAGCAGUAUCAAUACGGAGAAUAUAUAUCACCACAUCAUUUUAAUAAUGUUUUUAUCUCACCAAUCUCGAAUGCUACAAUGCCACAUCCGUCUAUGAUGAAUACACCGAUGAAUCCGAAUGUUUAUUACACACCAAAUAAUAAUAAUAAUAAUUAUUCUGUACCAAUCGAGCAAUGGAGUCAAGGAACAAAUAAUGGUGGAACAUAUUGGAACUCAAACAAUGGUGAUAGUAGAAAUAAUCAUAAUAAUAGUAGUACGUCGGGCUCACAAUGGUCAACAGGAAAUAAUGGUGGUGGAUUAUCAUCAACGAAUAGCAGUAAUAAUGUAUAUGGAACAUUAGGUAAUUCAGGUUCAUCGUCAUCCUCAGUUUAUUCACAAAAUCAAGGACAACCGAUAUAUAAUUCGAAUGGAAUGAACCAACAAAAUCCAUAUGCACAGUCGAAUUAUCCUAAUCAGAUUCAAUCGUCGUAUGCUCUACCAUCGUCACAGUCAACAGGAAACAUUUAUUCAAGUGGAUAUUCAUCGUCAGCGCCACCUAAUGAUAUCCAAUCGCCGUCCGCAUCAUGGAAUCAAUAUCUAUCUGUUAAUGGCAACAAUCAAAUAAAUUAUGAUCCAAAUGUUUACUAUACACCAUAUUACCCAAACAUGUUCGCUCAACAGUACUAUUCGCAACAAAUACCUAAUCAAAACCAAGCACAAGUGCCAGUCGAACAAACUGUAUCACCAAAUGGGUUUCCAACAUCAUCAAAUGGUGGUUUAGAAAAAUCGUAUCAACAUCUUUCUCGAUGA